UAUAUAUGUUCUUCAAUCAACACCCUCUUCUCUCACAUCACCCACUAUUUUCUUCCCUCCCUCCCUCGCCGUUUCUACAAAUAGUGCGAGCGAGCGUAGCGUAGCGCACGUUACCAACAUUACCCACCACUGCGCAAUUUAGCAGUAACAGAAAACAGUACACACCAAGAACAGUAAAGUAGCUAUUCCUAUUAACAAUAACAAAGACAACAGCAACAUGUUACACUGUCUCAACACUUCGGGUAAUCUAACAGGAGGAGAAACAACCAUUUCCGACAUGACACUGUUACAAACACAAAAACCAACAAUCAACUUUCACCAAUUCUCUUCUUCUUCUUCUCCUCCACAGUUUAUGAUGGUUGCUUGCGAUUCCGCUCUUGGCGAAGUCGUUGCUAAUAAUGGAUUCGGAAAAGAUAGCAUUAAGAAAAGAAAAGCUGAAAUUAUCAAUAAUAAUAAUAAUAAUAGUAAUUCUAAGGUUGUUGUUAAUCAUGACAAGAGGAUGAAAGUGAGUACAGAAGAAGAGGAAUCAAAAACCAGUGAGCAAGUUACAAAGACACACAAGACUACAAAGUCCAACAAUGGAACAAAAAGAGAAAACUCUGGUGAUACUAAUUCUAAGGAAAAGCUUGAUUACAUUCAUGUUCGAGCGCGUCGUGGUCAAGCCACUGAUAGUCAUAGCUUAGCAGAAAGAGUUAGAAGAGAAAAGAUAAGUGAGAGGAUGAAGUAUUUACAAGAUUUAGUGCCGGGAUGUAACAAAAUUGCUGGAAAAGCUGGAAUGCUUGAUGAAAUUAUUAACUAUGUUCAAUCUCUUCAGAGACAAGUUGAGUUCUUGUCGAUGAAAUUAGCAGCUGUAAAUCCAAGACUUGACUUCAACAUUGAUGAAUUGUUUGCCAAAGAGAUUUUUCCUCAAAAUUUUCCAACCAUAGGGAUGCAAUCAGACAUGACUAACCCUACAUAUCUUCAAUUCAAUUCAGCGCAACAAAUACUUUCGAGUUGUGGUGGACUAACAAACAAUAUGGGGAUGAUCCCUCCGGAAAUCGGGCUUCGGAGGAACAUAAAUAUCCCCACAUCUACAUCUUUACCCGAAAUCUUUGACUCAUCAUGUUUCACCCAUAUUUUACCCUCUUCAACUUGGGAAGGUGAUUUUCAAAACCUUCACAGUGUGGAUUUUGAUCAAGGAAGAUCAAUGUCCUUUCCUUCUCAGCCAUUCACAGGUAUCUACCAAUUUAUGACAUGUCAAAUCACUUUUUUUCUUAGGCAGCUAUCAUAGAAGUAGAAAUUAGAUUCAAGACAAAUUGAAUUUUCAUUCAUGAUAGAGACCUGAGAGCCCCACAGAUAAGGAUAAGUCCUUUUUCAUCAAAAUGAAGAUUCUUUACUCACUUUUCUUUUUAUCCACCAAUUUUUUUAAACAACGGUCGCGGUAAUAAUACGUUGCGAACCUUGAUUGCGACCGAUGCGAGAGCAAUUCUAAAUGAUUUGUUGUAUGA